CCGUCGCCAAAGAGCUGCUCCCGGCCGCGUCUCCGCAAGCCGCCAGCUGCCCACCGCACCGAACGCGACAGGUGGCGCACAGCGGCGCCGACGCCCGUCGCCUGCGCGCUCAGCUCGCUCCGGCCCAGUCUAUACGCCCGGCUCUUGCAUGAAACUUUAAUACUGGGUUUGUUUAGGAAUUACCGUGCAGUGACACAUUUGUUUCAAGUUGUAUUUUACUAUAAUUAAGAGUUUAUGAGUGCAUGUUGCUGGUUGGUUAAAUUUGAAAAUGGUACCGUACAUUUGAAGGAUUUGAAAAUAUUACAUCCGCUUUAAUACUGUUGCGGUAGCAAGGAUUCAUCAGGUGUGGGGUCUGCAGCAUGUGGCGGCGAUGACGCGGCGUGCAGCGCGCGGCAUGCCCUGCUGACAUGGCACCCAGCCGCUCCGCCCUCCUUACGCUGGCAGCUCUCACAGCACUCGCCGGGUGUUGUGUGUGCGCGCCGCAAGGCAGCGUGCAGGGCGGCGCGCAGGUGCCGGCUGUGUCGCACUCCACCGCGCCGCCCGCCGGCGUCGGCGGCGUCCGCAGAUUCAGUCAGUAUUCCAGAGGGCGAGGCUAUCGCGACUGGCGCACCCGAGGCGAUCCCACGCUCAUCAAUUCACUCUGGCGCAGCCGGCAACCAUUAGGCAUUCGGAAACAGCUCGGAAACGCGGAGGUGUACAUAGUACUAGCAUUGCUGAUAGGAGUGGUGACAGUAGUGGUAGGGUGUUGGCUAUCCGACAACUGCUGGUCGCCGGAGCCGGAAGACGUGCUGGCGGGCGGCUGACCCGUAGCGGCGGGCGCUUGCACGCACGUGUAGCGCCCGCCUUCCGCGGCGGACCGCGAGAGCCCGUCCGGUGCGGGUUCGCUGUCGCCGGUGCUGCCGCCACCAGCGCCGCCCGCCGCGCGUGGCCCCGCGUUCUUGCACGCCGCGCGACACCUCUGCCGCGGCGCCUGUUUGCGCCUACCCUGUGACACAAGGCGGCCACCUCCCUUUUGACCGCAGCCUUCACGAAACUCUUGCCGGCAUGAAAAAAUUAAUGGGAACCAUAUUCCAACCAUAGCUAACGGCGGAGUGUGCUAUAUUGAGUAGGCGCUACGGACGUUUAAAUACAAUUUGUUACACGAGUGGAGAUUUUUCUGGGUACAGAAUAAUGACAAGGUGCGAAUUAACUUUCGAUGAACCAUAUGAGCUUCGUUUAAUAUUUCAAUAUAUUCAUACUGUGUACGUAACUACGUAGGUAGCCACGUGUGUUAAAAGUGUAUCAGCAUGCAAAGAUAAAUAAGAUUAGCGAGGAUUUGUGAAUUUAACAUAUUCUUGUGUCAUUGUGGAUCUCAUGACAGAUCUCUCUCGUCGUAGAUUACGCUUCUAGCGGUCGCUCUGAUUUUAAUCACUAAACGUUUACCACUUUACUAUUACUUCUAAAUGGAUGUGCCUUGAAAUGCUUUCCUCGAUUCGACUUGUAGUAUAGAGCGUUUUUGAACCCUUUAGAUGGAAUUUCUUCUCUCUGUUUGUAUGGAAGUUCCCGUAUGAUAAGUGCAAUACACAUCAUUACCGUGCCUUUACCGUUCUAUAGACUUUGUAAGGGACGUAAUUAACAAUAGGUUUAAAAAUAUGCAUUCUCAAAAGGAAGGCCAUACCAUCCCAAUUAUUAUUUUAAUAAUUUUUAAAUAUCCUUGUUUAUUAAUUCGUAUAAAAUUAAGACGCAAUUAUAAUUUCCUCGUAGUAAGAAGAAGGAAGUGAGUUAGGACCAAAGUCUUUCUCAAAUGAGCGUCAAUUGGUUAAAAUUUAAUGAAUAAAUCAUCGUAAUAGUAUAGUAUUAAAAUUGUGAAACAACGACAUGGUUACACUUAAUAUAGAAUUUUGAUAAAUUUUUGGCUGUUUGUAAAUACCUACCUUUACAAAGGAAUUGUAAACAUGCAUUGUAAAAUCCGUAUUACGAUUUAAAUAAUACCAUCAAUUCGAUAACUUAUGAUGGAUUUGAGAUAGUAAAGGGGAUUGAAAGAUCGAAUGUGUAGUUA